UAUUCAUCGCCUGUUUACGACGUUUUGUUUGGAAUAUAUUCCACGACCUCUCGAGAAUUUAGAAAAUAUAACUUAAACGAUUUACUUGAUUACUAUUAUAAAUCCUUGGAAAAUGAAUUACAAUCAAGAGACAUAAUUUUGAAUGACUUUUUCGAUUAUUUCGAAUAUCAGAGCCUUAUAAGACAAUUCAUACCACUAGUCAAACUGUCUUCAUCUUUGACAAAAUACAAAAUUAUUAAAGAAAAUGGUCCAGAAAAAAAUAAGGAACUUUUAUUGGACAUCCUAAAGGAGUUAGAAGAGCAUUUUAGGUAUAAAUCCUACAGAGUUAUACCUGAAGACGUUAAUAAAAUAGUAAAAGACGCCAUUGGAGACAUAGAAUUUGAAAUUGUGCAUUAUAGUCUUGAUUCAAUUGGCAAAGGUUCUGGUUUCUUAGGUCAUCACAAUAAAUUAAAUAUAACAUAUCUUACUAACGAAGGCGAGAAGAAACUGAAGUACUUUACCAAAUUAUAUCCAAUCGGUUCUCCAUUCACCAAAAUGAUAGACGAUUCAGAUCUUUUCGACAAAGAAAUUCUCGUGUACAUAAAUAUAAUAAACGACAUGCAAAAAUACAAUAUCGACAUAAUUAACGACUGUGUGCCACGUUUAAUCUUUGGCAGCUCAAACGAUGCCUUGGUUGUCGAAGACUUAUUGGAAACAGGUUUCGUAACAGUUGAUCACAAACGCAAUUUAAACGUUAACGAAAUCGAAACGGUUUUAAAAGUCCUUGCGAAAUUCCACGCGUCGAGUAUCGUAUUGGAGGAAAAACUUUAUGAACAGUGUGAAAGUCGAAGAAGUCUUUUAGAAGUAUACCAUCGUCCACUCAAAGAAGGUCAUUUUGUUUCCGACGAGAAAAACGCCUCACGUAUAAGCUUUAUGGUAGGCACGGAAGCGAUUGUAUACAUGAUUGAGAAAAUAUUUGGUAAAUGUGAUGAAGAUUUGACCCAUUAUAUACUAAAUUUAUACGACAAAUCUAGAGAAUUGUUGAAACCAACACAAAAAUUCCGAAAUGUGAUGUGCCACGGGGACUUUUGGCCACCCAAUUUUCUCCUUAAGUACGACGAUUCAGGUAAUCCUGUGGACUGUCGAAUCAUCGACUUUCAAUUAGUGCGAUAUACCUUACCUGCCCACGAUUUCAUGUUUAUUGUUGUUUACGUAACAACUCAUGAACACCGUACAAAAUACUUAAAGCACUAUAUCGACUUCUAUUAUAAUGCAUUAAGUUCUGCUUUGAAAGCUAGCAACUACGAUAUAAAUACACUGCUAACUUACGAAGAAUUCGUUGAAGGAUGCAAUCAUAUUAUAGAACAAGUAUAUUUUCAAGUAGCUUGUUGGUACCAAUUUGGACAAAUAUCCGUGGAAAAAUUUAACAAUGGAGAAAUAGACGCUGCAGAAUGUUUGUACAGAGAUAAAAAACCUGUUUGUGAAUUUGCUUACAAAACCGACAAGAACUUUAGAACAAAGAUCUCCGAAUCAUUCAAUAAUAUACUAAGGGUGUAUGAAGUUUAUAGAAACCAUGGAACAAAAGAACAUUGUCAAUUUCUGAGAGAAAUAUACGGAAUAUAAAGCAAACGCUUUUUAUAGUUCCAAUGUUUUUAACAGGAAUUGAUUCAAGAAUUUUCUUUACUAAAUAGUCAACUUUAUAUCAUAAUUUAAACAGUGUAACUAGUUAAUUACUUUUUGUAUAUCAAUUCAACAUAUUGUAAUGAACUUUUCAUUUACCGUUGUGGAAAAAUAAUAAAAACUUUUUAAAUA